AUGUCUCUCACCAAGACCAAUAGCCUAGACUCCAAACGCAGACGAUUUCAACCCCCCAUCACCACCUUCUUCUCUGCUGCUGUAUCGGACUCUAAUGGCUCCGACGAUGCUUGCGCCCCUCGUCUCUCCCACAACCACUACGCUGCCACAACACACUCCGCAACCCCCGUGCUCCCCGCUAAAGUCCAAUCUUCCCUUCUCUCAGUGGGCAUGCGAGUCCGCAAGUCGAUCGCAGAAGGCUACAAGACCAAAGGCGUGAAGCUAUUCGACGAGUCCACUCGCCGCCCCUCAGAACUAGAGCAGCAUUCCAUCGGAAAAAACUACCCCGCCAUCCGCGCAGAACUGGCCCCUUUCUGCGGCAUGUCGAAAGCUGGCGACUUCGCCAUCCAGUCCUACGCCGAUCCCUCCUGUCACAGCUUGGACCACAUGGACCAUACCAAUCAGAUCAUCAUGGACGAUGGUGACGCCUUCUCCCUCCCUCCAAGCAGCCAGGAAUCUGUCCUCUCGGCCCUCAACGGCCAGAAACGAACAUAUGACGAUGAUCUGGAUGAAUACUCUAGCGAUUUUGACACCGCCUGGUCGGGUUCGGUGGCUACGAGAAUGUCCGCGAACCUGACUACGGCAUCCGGACGUACCAUCCUCGCGCCGAGCUUGGGCAACCGACGGCAACGCUUCAUGGCGACUCACAGCCAAACCAAGGCGACCGCCCAGGAAAGGGCCAUGGAAGUCGAUGAUUUUGAAGAACCAUUAUUCCUUCGCAGUCGCGAAGAGGUGGAUACAGAUUACGUGCCUCAAACUCGCGGUUAUGAGGUUGAGAUGGGAGAAGCUUGA